AGGAAGUCUGAGUUUGACAAUUGCCCUUACAGGAGGUCCCUGGGACUUAGAGCCUAACUCAGAGAUGGAUUUGCCGGGCUCAUCUGCCAUCUCUGAGCAGCAGCUGGAGGAGCAAGAGGCACCGAGAAACACCAGAGAUGACGUGGCCUUGCAGAGUCUCAUCUCAUCCAAGGAAUGGCUCCGACUGCAUGGGCUGAAGAGCAACAAAUUGACCUUGAAACAGAUUUUGUCACAAAUUGGAUUCCCACACUGUGAAGAUUAUGUGACUUCCCUGGGGAGACUUGUGGCUUCCCGGUAUGCUGACGGCCUGUUUCCAAGGGUCUACAGAGCAGAAGAUGGCACAGCAUACAACUUGACAGCCAAAGCAGAAGUGAUCUGUCAGUUCGUGGAACUUUUAACACAAGCUGUGGAGAGCUAUAAGCAGAGGAUGGACUGGCUCACCAGCGGAAGCCAGCAGGUUUUUGGUGUCAUCUUGGAACAGAGCAUCACCAUAGUGCUGGAUUUUGGCAACAUGCGGGAGGAGGAGCUUAGUCUGUGCCAGGAUGCUCUAAUCAUGGUCCUCCGGGAACAGGUGGCUCACAUAGCCAAGUUCAAUAUCAUACGGGCGUCCCAAGAGCCUGUGAAAUGGCAGGAAAAUGCUGCUCCUGUGACACAACAGUCCAUAGCUGCUGCCAUCAGUUGGGUUGAGACACUGACAGUUGGUCAGGCGCUGAGUCAGGCUGGUCGCCUGGACGCUCUGCUGGAAGCUGGGAAAGACAAAACCAUUGAAUCCAUUUACUACUUUGCGGUGGGGGACAUCCCUGACGGAUGCAAGCAGCUUCUCCUCCACAGGGCUUUGGAGACACCAUGUCCUGUCUGCACUGUAUCCUUCAAUGCCAGAGGAGAAGGCACGAUAGCUUUCUUAAAGGAGCUGAGUGCCAAGACCCACAGCAGGUUCCAUGCGUUUGCAGAGAGAACAGAGUGUGUGGAAUUUCCUGCAUUCCCCCAAAGGGAUGGUGACAGUGUAAUGACUUGGAAUUCAAGGAAAUUGAAAGGAAAACCCCCUCCAGGAGCUGAGGUCCGAGAGGAUGUGUUUCUCGUCUGGAGGGAGAUGGAGGAAGCCUGCAGCACGCUGGCCCAGAUCCAGAGGCUGGUGGCCAAGGCCACUGUGGCCACAACGGACCGUGAAUUGGGAACAUUCUCUGUCCAGAAUGAGUCAAAUCCGGAAGACACCUGGGACUCUAAGAAGUGGCUACAGAAAAACGGCUUAAAAGCCCAGAGGCUGUCAUUUUACGAUGUCCUCGCUGACUGCUCCUUCCGCCACUCCGAUGGAGUUGUCGAUAUAAAAGCCAAGCCUGAAAACGAGUCGAUGCGGACCAGCGCGGAGACCAACAAGAAGACAAUCCAUGCGAAAUACUGCAGCAGAUUUGUCCACGCUCCCUGGAAGGACGGGAGCUUGGUUCACGUCUGUGUUACCAAGGAGAAGUACUCCUGGUACCGUGAGAGCAUCUGUGCAGCCCUGGCCCGCAUCCAGGACAGGAUUAACUGGCUGCAGGAUGGGAGUCAAGCCCUUUUUGGAAAAGUACGUAAUGACUGCAUCUACGUCCUUGUUGAUACGUCUCACUCGAUGAAGGACAAACUGGACUUGGUGAAGGGCAAGGUCAUCCAGUUUAUACAGGAACAACUGAAAUAUAAAAGGAAAUUCAAUUUUGUGCAGUUUGAUGCUCAAGCAGUUGCUUGGCGGGAAAAACUUGUUGAAAUUGAUGAAGAUAAUUUGAAAGGGGCUCAGUCCUGGGUUAGAGACAUUAAGACUGGAAGUUCCACAAAUACUCUGCAUGCCCUGCAAACUGCUUUAGCUGAUAAAGAAACACAAGCAAUCUACCUUUUGACAGAUGGAAGACCUGAUCAGCCACCUGAAAUGGUUAUAGACCAAGUCAAAGUUUUUCAGAAAAUUCCUAUUUACACCACCUCUUUCAAUUACAAUGAUGAGAUUGCAAAUGGCUUUUUGAAAGAGCUUGCUGCUUUGACUGGAGGAGAGUUCCAUUCCUAUAAUUUUGGCUUCAAGGAUUCCUGUCCUCCAGAGCCUGUUCAGAGUGAAGAUCUGACUCUUUUAAUUCAGGAAAUGGAGCAGGGACGCCGUGACCUGGAGAAGGUGCAAAGCCUUUACUCCGAGUCCUUGAUCAUGGACUGGUGGUACAACGGUUCAAAGGAGGGAGAUGAUAAGCAUCAGAAGGAAAUCUGUUCUGUGGUUUCAACCUCAGAAAAAUGUGCAAAUCCUCACUCUGAUGUCGAGGCAACACAGAUGUCAUUCUUAAAUACGUCUAAAGUACCAGGGGACCUUUCAAGUCAAAAGAUUCAGAAAAAAAAAGUCCUCCAUGCAGAAUCAACAAAAACCAGCCUGCUGAGAAGCCAGCAGUCCUCCCUCAGGAACUCAGUGUGCAGCAAGAGGAAGGACGGCCUUUCCACUCUCCGAAAUUAUACAACUGCCAUUUCCCUUUCCACAGAAAUGAGCGUCCUGAUGACAAAUGAGCAUCUGAAUGACAAACCAUCAGAAAGAUUGAUUCCAGAAGGAAGCCAAGUUGAUGAUCAAGAUUCUUCAGGUAUGUCUUCAGCUAACUGGCUCAGGACCCAUGGCUUGGUUGCCAAGAAACUCACCAUCAUGGAUGCCUUGUCAGUGGCAGCCGUCCCCCACAGCCCCACUUACGUUCCCGUUCUGGACAAGCAUGUUGUGUCCAAGGUCUUUGAUGAGGUGUUCCCUUUGGCACAUGUGUGCAGCGACACAAACAAGGUGACAUUAAUUAACCCCCAAGGAGUCAAGCUCAAUAUCUACAAACAAAAGGUGGAACAGGCGAUUAAGUCCUAUGAAAAGCGCUUGAAUAAAAUUGUUUGGCAAGCAUUAUCUCAAGAAGAAAAGGAAAAGCUAGAUGCAAACAAACCAAUGAGGUACUUGGAAAACAAGACAGCUUUAAAUGAGGCAUUAGAACGGUUGAAUUGGCCCAUUUCAUUGAAAGAGCUGUCGAUACUGGAAAAUGAAAUCCUAGCUGGAAAGAUGUAUGUCCAGCAGGCCCUCGAACUGCAGGAGGCUGCCAAGAAGGAGAAUUACGCGAGCAGGGCACUCGGAGAGCAACAGAAAUUUCAAGGCAAUCCAACAAAGAAAAUCAAACCAAAGAAAUUGGAUCACCUCAAAGGCCAGAAGGUUAUUGCAAGAUGUGAUGAAAAUGGCUUUUAUUUUCCAGGGGUUGUGAAGAAGUGCGUGAGCCCUACCCAUGCACUGGUGGGCUUCAGGUAUGGAGACACCAAGGUGGUGCCUAUCUCUUUCAUCACGCCUGUGGGGGGCGCCAUGCCCUGCCCGCUGCUCCAGGUUGGAGACUAUGUGUUUGCCAAAAUUGUGAUACCCAACGGAUUUGACUUCUAUGUCCCUGCCAUUGUCAUAGCGCUUCCAAAUCAUGAUGUGGCCGAAGAUAAAUUCUACACAGUUUUGAAGUGCAACAACCGCAGAGAAUUUUGCCCUCGGAGUGCACUGAUUAAGAUCAGCCAAAACAAGUAUGCCCUCUCCUGCUCUCACAUCAAGUCACCCCCACUUGAGGAGGGUCCCAAAGUGGCGGACGUGGACAUGAAAAACUCAACUUCCUUAAUACGGACAAUCAAAGAAGCUGACACGGCAGAUUUAGGAGAGCUGAGAGAAGAGAACCCUAGAAGGAAGAAAAAGAAACCUGCCAAGAGUCUGCCUCUCCAGGAGGUGGUGCCCUCGGACUCAGAUGACCCUUCUCAUGGCAACAGGUUCCAAGAGUCCUACCCCAAGAGAUACCUCAAGCCUAAGGUGGGAGGGAGAUGGCAUCACUUAUCUCUGUAACACCCUGAAAUCUCAAGAGUAGUGCAUGCAAGGUCAAC